CCUUCCUGGCCUGCUACGUGUGCCCUGUGACCUCUUGCCGUCGGUACCAAGCUUCAAGCUUCAAGUUCAGCCCGUUUGAUUGACAAUUUGCAUAUGUGGCGAAAUAUAGCUGCAACAACUCCGCGCAAAGAUUCCGUGACCUGCAAGUAGGACCUAGAAAAUCGCACACAGCCAGCUCCUUUCGAAGACCGCAGGGAAAGGGCGGAAGCAGAAGUUGAAGAAGACGUAGGAAAAGGAUGUCAACAUCGGAACCGAAGCGUCUUUCAACGAACCUGGCCACCAUGUACGGAAGAAUCGCUGCAGGUCACGAAAGGAUGAAGAUAUGCUUCUGUUCGGAUCUGGACAAGUCUGUGCUGAUCAGCAACUUCGAGAAGCGCGGCUGGGUGCAGGUUUCCGCCGACGACGAUUGGAACUUUUACUGGGCUGGCACCGGAACGUGUCGUAACAUCUUCAGCGUGGACAGCGGCUACCGGAUGCACGACAACCAGCUGAUCAACCACUUUCCCAACCACUACGAGCUCUCGCGGAAAGAUUUGCUCGUCAAAAACAUCAAACGCUACCGCAAAGACCUCGAGCGAGAUGGGAAUCCGCUCGCGGAAAAGACCGAGAUCAACAUUCCGGGAGGGUCAAAGUACCUCUAUCUGGACUUUAUCCCGGUAACGUUCGUCCUGCCGGCCGAUUACAACAUGUUUGUCGAGGAGUACCGGAAGAAUCCGCAGAGCACGUGGAUUAUGAAGCCCUGUGGAAAGUCUCAGGGAGCAGGAAUAUUCCUGAUCAAUAAACUGUCCAAGCUGAAGCGGUGGUCGCGCGAGGCGAAAACGUCGUUUCAUCCCCAGAUUGGGAAGGAGAGCUAUGUUAUUUCGAGAUACAUCGAAAACCCCCUCCUGAUUGGCGGCAAAAAGUUUGACCUACGCCUGUACGUCCUGGUGACGUCGUUCCGCCCGCUCAAGGCUUACCUGUUCCGGCUGGGCUUCUGUCGGUUCUGCACCGUCAAGUACGACACCAGCGUCACCGAGCUGGACAAUAUGUACGUGCACCUGACCAACGUGAGCGUCCAGAAGCACGGCGGUGAGUACAACAACCAUCACGGCGGCAAGUGGAGCGUCCAGAACUUGCGCCUGUACCUGGAGGGAACCCGCGGGAAGGAAGUUACGGACAAGCUGUUUGGGGCGAUUACCUGGUUGAUCGUACACUCAUUGAAGGCCGUCUCGAGCGUGAUGGCCAGCGAUCGGCACUGCUUCGAGUGUUACGGGUACGACAUCAUCAUCGACAACGCGCUGAAGCCGUGGCUGGUGGAGGUUAAUGCGUCGCCCUCGUUGACGUCGACGACGGCCAACGAUAGGAUACUGAAGUACAAGUUGAUCGACAAUAUUUUGAACAUUGUGUUGCCACCGGAUGGUGUUCCGGAUGUAAGGUGGAACAAGAUCCCGAACCCGGAAAUGCUGGGCAAUUUUGACCUGCUGAUCGACGAGGAGAUUGCCGCGCAGGACGACGGAGCGCCCAACAACAACGGCAAAAGCAGAUCCAACAACAACCGGUGGAAAUGAGAUUAAAUCAACGACGACACGUGGUCACUUUUUUUAAUGUUUCUUUUCUAUCUUUUCGAUACUCGUUUUGCUCAAUAAUUCAGCUUUUAUUUCUCAUUGUGUUUUUUUGUUGGUUUUUGUUGUUUAGCGCAAAUUUGCUCUAUUGACAAUUGGUUUGAUUCGACUAGUGAAUUUCACUAUUUUUCUCUUCUGCGGUUUCGUUUACAAAUUGAUUCAAAUACAAAUGACAAAUGACGCGCUUCGUGUGCGAUUUGUGUGGAACGUGGUUGUUCACUGCCAAGUAACAAAUAUUUAAUUCGUCGUCGUCGUCGAUUCGCUAAUAAAAACAAUUUAGUUAGUUUUGUGUGACUUUUUGUCGUUCAAUCUGUUUGACGAACUGGUUCGAAAUCAUGACUUUCGUUAAACUGCUUCGUUAAAUAUUUCCUUUUUCUUCUCUCUUUCUCUAUAUAAGUUUUCUUUUUAGUUUUUGCUAGCAUUUGUUUUUAAAUCUUUUAUCUUUAUUCCAUAUGACUACAAUUGUGCGAACGUUUUCUUAUUUGUCAAUUAUUAUCCCAAAUUCUAAGUCUCGUAAAGACGCUUUAGUAGUAGAUACUUACCGCGUGUUGCUCUUGCGAGAGAGAUUUUGUGAGUGGUCUCGUUUGAAUUAAAUAGAACCCAAGAUCUCUUAUUUUUGAAUAAGUGUAGCGUGUAUCAAGAAUAUCGUCAAACCAAAAAAAAGCUUAAUAUAAGGAACAAUAGCAAAUGAAACUUCAAACAUGGAUUUACAUAGAGGCGUGUAACAUUAGGUAGAUAAUUAAAAAAAAACUUAGUAAAAAUUAACUUUUUAAUUAAUACAUCGAAGUCUUCAUCUGAAAUUUGUAAUAUUUCCAUAGAUAUAUAAAUAAUGAUGACAAAAUAAGAAUCAUUGAAUAAAGAGAAUUUCCAUCGAGCACUUGAUCUAUUGGAUCUUCUUGAAAGUAUGGGAAUUUUGUAAAAUCUGCAACUUGCUAAAGAUGUGUGCAUUUCCUUUAUUUAAGUUAUUUUUUAAAUAAACUAUUCUCAAAAUCGUUUCGAAAAGAAAAUUUUUAAGAAUAAUCUUUGAGAAACAACAUUAAAAUAAAAAAAAACGACGCUUUUGAAAAUAUUUGACAAAACAUAAAUAAUAUGAAAGCCAAUUUAUAGCUUUCAUAUAAUUUUAAUUUUAAUUUCGUAUUAAAAACUAUUUAUUGUCUGCCAUAAAAAAAAUAAUAAAAAAAACAGCAACAUACAAUUAUAUACCUAUAUUAUGACAAUUAUUAAUAUCACUUAAUUUCCUAUUGAAUCCAUCAAUUGACUUUAACAUCAAAAAUUAACUACAUAACUACACAUAUUUUUUCUUGCCUACAAAAAAUCUAUCGCUUGAUUUUAAAUUUAAAAAAUCAAUGUAAUAUAUUUUUGGUUUUAAUGCCAAAAUAGAUUUUGUUGAACCUGCAACUUUUUUUCUCAGAACCAAGGAUCAAAAUUAUUACCUAGAAUACUUUAAUAUAUUGUCAUUUAAUUUAAUUCAAUUUAAUUUUUUUUCCAGAAAAUGUCAAGUAUAUAUAUAUAUUUUUAAAGAUAAAUCAGACUAAUUACUAUCUUUUUUAAACUAACAAAUAUCAUUAAAUAUUAAUCUGCAUUUGAAAACAUUUAAAAAAGACAUUGCUAUGACAUGUUUUUUCUCGAAACAUUAAACGACUUAUUUUUAAAUCAAUUGAGAUUAUACACUCACAUAAUCCAGAACAAAAUUUUCAGUUUGAUAUUUGCCUUGAAUCUAAGCUUCAUUCUACGACCCGAAAUCCUCAGAAAAGUGAACACAAAAAAAUAAUCAUUUCCAGUAAUCGUGAAUUUAGUUCAUGAAUUUAAGAACCAGAAAGGAAAUGAUUCAUUAAUAUAUUACUACGUAGUUCUCAAAUUCAUGAACACAAUUCAAGAUUUCCGGAAUUGACUUUUUUUCGAGAAUGAACCAAAUAUGACCCCAAAAAAAGCUCUAAAGAAAUUUGGAAAUUCCAAAACGGCGACCUAAAUGGAGGAGAUUUAAUAUUGAGAAAAUACAUUUUAAAAUGUAACAGGAAACCUACCAGUCAAAUGCUACCAAAAUGGGGUCACAGAACUCGAAUUUGUUGUAAAAAGUAAAAAAAAUCGAACUUCAAAUAAUUGAAACUUCGGAUUAUCGUGUCUAGACUGAAUAAUUCAAAGCAGCAAAAUAAAAAUAGUAACAUUAACCAAUUUAAGAAUUUGAUUAAAAUAUAGUUAAUAAUUUGAUUUUUUUCUGAUGAUUAAUACUAAAAGCAUAUAAUUCAAAUAAUUUUAGCAGUUAAAACAUCGUUAACCUCAAAAUUAGAAUAAUUCGACUCAAUGCAAAUUUAUUUAUCCACGAAUAUUACACCAAAAGAAAAAAAAAGGACCCAUAUUUAUAUGAAAAGUUUCAUAGCUUGGCCCGCCAAGCUGAUCAAUUCAGAGAGAAUAAAAUAAAAUCAAGAAUGAAAAUGGGAGCUAACCAACAACAUACAGACAAAAUGGAACAAACAACAACAAACAAUAGGAGGAGAAGAGCGGAGAAGAGAACACAGAGGGACAGGUGUGUGUGAUUGACAGUGGUGUAUCGCUUCGAGUUUUGUUUUUAUUCAAAAAAGUCAGUCUGCUUCGUUGGAUAAUUGUUCAUUUAAUUGGCUUGUUUUUAUUAAAAGAAAUUGUUAAAAUAUAUAUUUAAUAUAAAUAUAAAGACCAAAUAAAAUUACAAUUUUCUAACCACUAUACACUGUUCUUUUGUUUUGCAUCAUGUUUUUUCCGCUUUCCUUCGUCGCGCUCUCACAAUUUGUUUCCUUUUUUUACACUCUCUUUCUCGUAAUAGUUGCUUCUCUCUCUCGCUCGAAGAAGUGUCUAGUGAGUCUCUCUCUCGAAUUUGAUUUGCUCUCGGCUCUAACUUUCUCUCUCGUUCUCUGCAGCAUCAUCCUUUCGCCAUUCGGUUUCUACUUGUUUUCUGCUUUGUAAUUGUUUAAUUAUUAACUAGUAUGUACAGGAAUUUUGUUAUACUCGCUAGGAUUAGAAACUUAACUAGUGAUAGUUACAGGACAGUUAAUAAUUUAUUUCUUUUUUCUUGUUUUUUGUUGCUCCUACCAUAGAUUUUAGAUCAUUGUUUUAGUAAAUGUUUUAUUGUAUGAAUUUUUUAAUUCGUUUUCCCUUUUGUGUUUUCAUCAGUUUAAAUACAAUCGCUAGUUUUCAUCUCGUCUCGCCUACUACGCUGCACUAAACCAUUUUUCGUCGUUCGAAAGGCCAAAAAACUUAGGAGAUUACACGCGUUGUUUUGCUUCAUUUUUUUUUAAAUACACAGUCUAGAGCGCGAGAUGGAGAGUGCUUUUUUGUUGAGUGAGAGAGCACGGUAUCAAUUUACAAUGUUUUCCAUUUCCCCUCUCCCAUCUGCGCGCGUUUGUUUGUGUGAGUAGUUGUGUUAAUUUGUUUUUGUUUUGCUUUUGUUUCGUGACAGUUAAAUGAGGAAACCUAAAGUAUAAUACCAUACUAUCGCGCGUACACUAUUUACACACAAAAAUACAACUGGGUACCGAAAAGUAGGCACUGGUUAACGGGCUUGAACGAUCUGUCAACAAAUUCAGAAAAAGCUUUUGACACUGUUUAAAAAAUCGUUCCGGCCCAUUUCCCAUGCUCUCUUUCAGCGAUUUCCCCAACACGAUCAAAAUCGAAUUCAAAAGCUGCGCUAGUUUGCUCUUUCUUCGUUUUAAUUAUGCAUUAAAUAUUCUAUACAAUUAGUAAUCCUACCAUCUAACCAGAAUUUACAGUAUUUUUCUUCAAUGUGGUACAUCAGACAGAAGGAACUAAUAUUUCUUUCUUACUCAAGCCUUUUUUCACCUUUAUUACGUUUUUUUCUUCGUGUUAAUUCUCUUUCACUUCUUUUUUGUUUUUGUUAGCGUUUGGAUUUCAAAACAUUUUCAGUUUACACACUAGUCAUCUAAAUUUCACGCUUUCCUCCGUUUCAUGACCCGCUGAAACGAAUGUAAACGGCCUCGUUCGUUUUUUUGUUUGUUUGUUUUGCUUUGCGUGCAUGUUGUGACAGUUGAUUGUUUGUGUUAGCUCUGCUGACGCUGCGUGAUCGAAGAAACAAUGAAAGAGAAUAAUAAAAACAACGUGUUUUUCCUUCUUUUUUUUACUUUUGGUUCCGGAGAAAGAAUGGUAAUAAAUAAGUUGCACUUAACAUAAGCUGAAAUUGACUAGAUUGGUGUAACAAUCGACGGAGUAGUGAGGCUUUUUGAAACAAAAACAACAAAUUGUGUUUGCCUGUUCGAUUGUUUGUCCUCCUCGUUAUUGCAAGUUUGGAAUUGCCGUAACUCGAUUGCUAGAUUAGAAAAUAAAAUAAAAAAAAAUAUUGUAAAAUAAUAUUCCGACCAGUGAGGUUAGCGUUUCGAUGGAAACAAUCGUGUAUUAGUUCUUUCUUUUGUUACUUUGCUUUUUUUAUUGUAUUUGUUGUCUCUCUGUUUAAUAAAUAAUAAAAUCUUACAAAUACAGGUUAGUCGUCAGCGCGAUUUUUCUUUUGUUUUAUUCCACUGCUGGUUGGGCAACUUUGCACAAAACUCUAUUCUACUACUAUGUACAAAUACUAUUUUACCUUUGUUCAUUUUUUCGACACUUUUGUUUGUUUCUUUCGGCCUUAUGGUUGGUUUUCGUUUGCUGUUUUUUGCUUUAUUUUGCUCAAUUUGUGUUUGUGUGAGUGUUGUUGCGCCAGUAAUACUUUAGCAGCGGCGAAAUUUUUUUUUGAAAAAGUUUACUUCCUCAGGAAUGUUUUUCUUUUCAUUUUCUGUUUGGUGUUUGGGGUUUUUACGUCAACAUUUUAUCUUUAUACUUGAAAGAGAAACACCUAUGUUAUUGUACUUUAAGUUUCUCUUUUCAGUAAAAAGAUAAAAAAAUAACAAAAAAUCAAAAACAAAAAGUAUAAUCUCAAUAGCAAAGAGCUUCUCCAUGCACGUGAUACAUUAAAAAAAGUAUUUUUUUAUUUGGUUUGAUUGCUAACUUAUUGUGUUACCAGAGAUAAACAGAUUUAAAACAUGAAAUCAAUGCAAAAAUCGUUUACGGAGCAAAAUAAAAGACUUUCGAAUAAGGAAAUUAUAUUAUUAGAGUGUAAUGUGAGUCUGUUUUAAAAUGGGAAAGGGCAACUUUUGGCUUGGUUGAAAAUUAGGGUGGUUCACGAUUAGAAUGUUUAAGAAAAUAUAACCUUCAAUUAUUUUAGAUAUUUUUUUCUCUCCUAUAAGGUUACAGGACACGCCAAUAAAAGAAUCUUUGUCGAAGACACCCCUGACACCUGACAAAUCUACGCUUUCUACGAAAAUUUAUUUCAAGAGCAUCAGAGAAAUCCUCAAAAAUCAGUAUAUAGCAAUUCAGGGUUAAGUUUUAGGUAAAAGUGAUGUUCUGAGCGCUUUUAGAGCUCUAAAAUCAAACAUUUUCGAUUCACAAAAAUAGUUUUGGAUUUAUUUGUCGAAAGUUUAAUGUAAUUUAAUGUAAAAUAUCAUUUUUUGGAUUUCUAUGUAAAAUAAUCAUAAAGCCCUACAGAAACCCAAAAGAAAAUUAAAUCAAAUUGAAAUAGAUUUUUUUUAGUAUUUGCACUAUAUAUUGUAAAUAGUUUGAAAUUUGGGCGUAGAAUGUAAAAAAUGAAAAAUUUGAUCAAUUUCUUAUUGGAAAAAAAUGUAAUGGAAAAAAUCGGAAUAUUUGCACGGAAAUUGGUCAAAAUUUGUUUUUUUUUCAAACUAUAAACACCAACUUUCUGUUCUCACCGACUUAAUUUAUCAUACCUGAAAUUUCAUCUCCCAAUUUUUAAUGCCCUUCUUUCUGUCGCGAAAUUCUCAGCAAAUAGAAAUAUCGCUCUCAAUAACGUGCUUCUGACAUUCACAUCCCUCUCUCCACUUUCUCCCUCUCAGAGUCUAGCCACAAAAGCC